AUGGCUGUAGCUGGCCUGUGCAGUGCCCCGAACGGCAACGGCGGAGGCAGUCACGCGGCGCAAGCGGGAUGUCCGUGCGCGCAAGCAUGCCCCCGAGCUGCUGCCGCGCUCUUCGGACCGAGCGAAUGCUGCACCGGCGGCGCGGGGGCGACGUUGGCUUGGUCAAGUUUUAUUACUCCUCACGUGUCGUGGAAAAUUCGGGUGGAUGAAGGAGUGUACCGGGCGCGCACCUCCGCUUGGCCCCCGAGUCCUCUUCGCGUGCUGUCACUCUCUGCAGGAUCGCGCCGAGGCACACGGGGACCUGCACGUUGCCCGGUGCUCGCAGCGGCGCCCAAUGGUCCGUUCACUGGGCUUCCGUCGGCGGGAGCAAAGAGGCGGUGGCGUUCUACUAAUUACAACGUGACUGCCGCCGCCUCGUGUCUCCAGCCAGCGGACGACGACUGGACUCUAUAUUUCAACGCCACAGCAUGUCAGCUGUGCAGAUUAGCGAUGACGCAAUCGACUGAUGGCCCGCAAAGGUUGUUUAUAAUGGUCUCCGCAAGAUGCUGGAUGCAGAAUUUGAGACAUUCCAAAUUUCCUAAGCAUCCUGGGGAUUACUUUCAGCAUGGAACAAAUGAAGAACCACGAAAGCGUUUGCUUUCAGAGAAAACUGGCUCCCGAGAGAGCACUGAAAGUUCCUUACAAGAGGUGGUUUGGCUCAUCCAAAAGUUCGUCCGUGAUACAGGGUCGGAAAGGGAAUGGUGACCCAUGUGGGUCGUCGUGGUUUGGACACGUGCAACUAAUUGGGCUCCCUGUCAACUUCUUUUUGCUAGCUGGACUGCAAACUGUUUCGGCCCUUUCGUGUUUGAGAGGUGGCAUUCAGGCGGAGCAAUCGCCGGAAACUUUCGCUAGGUUAGAUCCGCCUGCAACAAGCUACACCCCUCCUCCUCCUCCUCCUCCUCCUCCUCCUCCUCCUCCUCUUUUUUUGACGACACCAAUGUAACCGAGUGUUCAUGUAAAGUCUUAAUAGGUGGUUAGCCGUCUUUAAGGUAGGGAACUCCACAGCCGUGCGUGACUAACGGGCCGAGAUGACCACAGGUGUCUGCUGCAUCGCCUCCGCGAAUGGUCGAGCUCGUACCACACGUACUCCGGUGUGGCUACACAAGAUCGGCCGCACCACUUGACCGUUAUGAAUGACGUGUAACACUUUAGGCGAUGUUGAACGCUGUUUGUUGGAGUGCCCUGAGCUCAUUAGGGAGCGGAAAUUUUUGUUUGAUGCACUCCAGCGUCUAGGCUCUCCACACACUAGUGUGAGCAACAUGGCAUAGUUCCGCGUGGACACCGAACAUUUAUGAGGAGGUGCUCCGACUUCUGAAAUGUUUGAGUGAUGUGGGCUUGACGAUUGGUUGGUAACGCUUGGCAGAUUCAUUUCAGGGCGUUUUGCCGCGGGGUGGGUGGCCCGGCAUGGCACCGUGCACGGGAUAGAUCACAGGCUGCAGGAUUGCGUCCUGUUGCGCCUGGCUGUGCGCGUCGUCUUCACCUGUCCCGCGCUACGCUUGUGAACGGGGACGAACUCUCCCAAAAGGAGGUGCUCGAGAGGUGCAGUUCCUCGCCUGUCUUACAAGGCUAGGCCCCCUUGCAGUAAACAACAUCCUCCUCCUAUUCCUUCUCAUUAUUCGCUUGAUAAUGCGUCAUGCCUAAAAGGAAGACACUAAUGAAGAGGAUGCGUAAUUGAUAACAAAAACAUUUGAUUUGGUGUACACUUAGCAAUUUACCAUCAUCAAAUUUCAACAGGUGGUUGUUCAAGUUACGAGUACGUUGCUUAGCUGUCAUCUAAACCCAUAAAGUAGAUAUAUCUGGGCUUCCUUGCUCGUUCCUAAAGAAGAUAAAGUAUACGCAUUAUUUAUUCGGAGAGCUUUCUAUUGUGACACUUUGCCAUUACGCGCUACAGCUAGUCGCCUUCAAAACUAAAGAGAAAAAGACGUUAAAUUUGAGCACAGCCAGGCUUUCUGCACUGCGCAAGAGUACGGCCUAUUUGAGCCACAUACUGAAGCGACUUGGCUUCUUGAUUGCAGUCGCGAGGAGUACUCUCCAAGGACAGGCACUAUAGCAGGAGCCUUCGUAGAAACGAACAGAAUGUUAUUUUCAAGUUCAAAUAAUUUAAGUUUUGGAACCAGACGAGCUGCACGACAUUGGAAAUAACUCCCGAUAGUCUUUCAACAAACUUGCUGAUAGCAGAAAUCACCCUCGAGCACUGGAUGGCUAACCAUAAUCCCUGCGGGGCGCACGGCACACACACGUGGCACGUUGGCCCGAAGCAGACUCGCCUUUGAUUGUGAGUGCCACUGACUUAUGAAGCCUUGGUCAUGCACCCUCCAUUGUCCGCAGAGCACCGCUUGAGCAGGUUGCCACCGUCGUAGUUAUAGCGCCAUGUAGCGGGGGUCGCGUGUCGAUCGUUGCGGCGAGCAAUCGACGGGAUCUCGGGAAUGCCCGCAAUACGUGCAAUUAGUGCUCUUCAUUUUAGCUUUCUCUUUUUGUGUCUCGGUCCAAGGUGGCAGCGGUUCUUUCGAAUUGAAGUCAAUUCUACUUCUCAUUCUUCUAUUGUUUCUUGCACCAAACUUUCAAGCGACUUAAGUACGCCGGCGAGACCAAAACUUCCUUCACGAUCUCGCGAUGCUCGAGGCGUACCGGAGUCGAGCUUUCCUCGCUUCUCUCAUUAGUUCAGCAGCGCACGUACCUACUUGCCCGCGUUCUCGUUUCUACUCAUUUCGGCCUAGAAAUACCGAGAACAACAUUCUCCAAGGCCUGUGUGAAAAAGCAAUGCACGCACAUUUGCACACAAAUGUUUAAAAUAAAAGUCCCUCACACUGCAGACAGAAUUAAGCCGACGAGCUCAGUGCGUCGGUACGCGAAUGCGAGAGCUUCCAGCACUGCUCAGGUCUGUAAUAGUGACUGCAGGCCGUAUGCUUCGCGGGCACCGACUGUGGCGCCGGAGGCGGUUAGCGAUCAAAGGAAAACGUAUGCGGCGACGGGAAGCCCUUGGGGAAGCUACGCGAUUAAAGUUUCAGGGUGCUCUCGGGAGAAGGCGGUUCUCUCCAGGCACUCCUCCUGGUUAGGUUUGCGGUGAGCGGCUCUAAUUGCUGACAGCAUGCCACGCGUCGACGAACCGAAUGAAAAACGAGCUCACUUAUCGUGCCUAGCUGUGACGGUUAUCAGCCGCGCGCUUCCGGAUAGACCGCAUGCGCGUGUGUCCCGAAUCGUGCGAGUUAAGCCGAGUAAUAACUCUGUCACAAGGCACGCGUAAUGUCAUUCGCAGUAAAUGACAUUCAUACCAAAUGUCAUUGCGGUAUUGCAUUCCCUCUCUAUACGGGUAUGCAAAAUGGCUUUCACAAUUGAUGACAAUGUUUAUCGGCACCUUGUGCACGCUGGCACUCGACAAUCGACAACGUUUAUACCUUUAGGUUGCGCUUCGCCUUGUGCAAAUCGGUGAGGUGGUCUCCUCACACUUUCAGCAGUGCGCGCGUCUCGUCGUCGGUCCAUUGCGCUUUUCGCUUCUCAUUCUCCGCUGACGAAGCUGCAGAGUUGGCUUCCA